CGAGGCCAGCGGGCAGUGCGCAGGCGCCGGAAUCGCAGCGUCGCCGCCGCCGCCGCUCAGCUUGUUUGAGGCGAGAGGAGGAGGAGGGUUCAAUUUCCCCUCCCCCCCACCUUCAACAACCAGGGAGCCCGAGUUUGUGACACCUCAACGGGCCCCCAGAAGUGGGGGGGGGGAAGAAGGAGCUGGACCUUCCAGCCGGUGCUAGGCCGUGACCUUCUCGCCUGCCCAUGGCUACAGAGGAGGAGGAGGAGGCAGCGGCUGGGCCUGGCGAGGACCCGACCUACCAGCCGACGGAGCUGCUAGCUGAGGCCAGGGGCAGGGAGCCUCGCCGGCGGCGGAGGCAAGGCCCGCGGGGUGGGCGCAAGAGCUACAUCUGCAACGAGUGCGGCCGCACCUUCAACAAGUACUCCAACCUCAAGCAGCACCUGCGGGUGCACUCGGGGGAGAAGCCCUUCGCCUGCCCGGCCUGCGGCAAGGACUUCAACCUGCUCUCCAACCUGCGGCGCCACGAGCGCACCCACACGGGCGAGCGGCCCUUCCAGUGCCCCACCUGCCGCAAGGGCUUCAGCGAGCUGUCCAGCCUGCGGCGCCACGAGCGCACCCACACGGGCGAGCGGCCCUUCACCUGCCCCUUCUGCGCCAAGGGCUUCAGCCGCUCCUGCAUGCUGGUCAUCCACCAGCGCACCCACACCGGCGAGAAGCCCUUCCGGUGCGGCGAGUGCGACAAAAGGUUCAGCGACCCCUCCAGCCUGCGGAGCCACCAGCGCACCCACACCGGCGAGAAGCCCUUCAAGUGCGGCGACUGCCAGAAGGAGUUCCGAUACUCCUCCAGCCUGCUGCAACACCAGCGGGGCCACCGGGGCGAGCGCCUCUACACCUGCCCCCUGUGCGGCAAGGGCUUCACCAAAUCCUCCACCCUGGCCCAGCACCGCAGCACCCACAGCCAGGAGCGGCCCCACAAGUGCCCCGUCUGCCAGCGGGGCUUCUCCCGGGCUUCCGUCCUGGGCCGGCACCAGCGCGUCCAUGCCUGGGAGGGGCCCCGCAUCUGCGCCGACUGCGGCGGCCAGUUCAAGACCUCCGCCGGCUUCCACGGGCACCAGUGCGCCCCCGCGGGCAAGAAGACAACGGCGCCCAGCUGAUCCCCUCCCCCCACACCUCUCUCUCUCUCUCUCUCUCUCUGGGACAGGUAGGGAGGCCACCCUCCCCCCCCCCACCCGUACCCCACACACACACCCCCCCCAUCCACGUACUGUCAACGGACACCCCUGUCCCAGAACCCACCUCCCGACCCGCCGAACCAAUCCAGCUGCGUUGACUUUUAAACCGCGCCAAAAGCGACCCUGAGCCGACCGAACGGAUGGACGUUUUCCCCCCAACCCCACUCAGUGAGAAGCUUCCGGCUCUGCCACUCCUCCGCCUGAGGGAGCCAUAGGCCGGUCGACCCGGACACAGCAGCGCCUGGAUCGCACGGGGACCAACCUGAUUUUUUUUUUGUUUUGUUUUCUUAUUGUGACAAGGACGAUGAUCGCGGCUCGAGAGGAAGAAAGCGAGUGCGUUUACAGGCUAAGGAGUGACUGCCGUGUUUAUUUAGAAGUAAGACUAUACUGAGAAGCACUGGAAACACUAAUCCCCACCCCCAUCGGGUGAAGAGAUUCAACCGACCCUCUUCAGUUGUUUGAUCUGUCGAAUUAGACUAUUUUGCCCAUGACCUGCGAGUUGGAACUGCGUGCCGGCCCUGGUGUAGCGGGCCCUGCCUUCUCACACUCUCUCUUUCUCUCUGUCUCUUAAUCCAAGGAACAGCCUCCCGUUUCUUUCCUCCCACCUCAUCCUCAAUGCCCAGAAAUGGGAAGUAUGGUCAAAGUCAGGCGCUGGGCGAUGGGUUCCAAUCGCAAGUGAUUCAGGAGGUAAAUGGCCUUUAUUGCGAGGGGGAUGGGGUAUAAAAGCCGGGAAGUCUCGCUCCAAGUGUACAGGGUACUGGGGAGUCCAUGCCGGGAGCGCGGUGGACAGUUUCAGUCUCCUGACUGAAGGAGGGACAGACUCGCUAUUGGAGGUCAUUGGGAGAAGCUUCACUGGGCUGAUUCCCGGGGUGAAGGGGGGUUUGUCUGAUGGGGGAAAGGUUGAGCAGGUUGGGCCCUGUACCCAUUGGAGUUUAGAAGAAUGAGAGGUGAUCUUAUUGAAACAGAUCAGAUCCUGAGGGGAGGGGAGAGUGGAGGCUGAAGGGAUGUUU